AUGCCUAGGGUUCGUCCGCGGGGACUCCAAAUUUCUGUCCAAAAAGCUGUUGAGGAUGUGGAGUCCAACACGAAUGCUUACGACGCUUCGCUCGAGCGCCACAGUGACAAUCCCGGCUUCGAAGGCACCACUGGCGUCUGUGACCGUUGCAGGCGAAUUAACUGGAAGACAAUAUGGUCCAUCGACCAGGCUUCUGUCAAUGAGGACUUACGCAGGUCUGCACAGGAAGCUUUCGAACCGGCUCCUCAGAAGCAUGGGUCAGUCCAGAGUAUCGGCACGGGUGACGGUACAGUCGAUGCCUACAGUAACGUUCACUGGAUAGUACCUGUGUUUGACCUAGGCGAGGUGCCUGCCAUUGAUUCUCAGACCUGUUCGUUGUGUAGCUUCCUUGGUUCGCUCGCACAUACUGGCACAAAUGACACUGCUGUUGAAAGAUGGUAUCUGGGAUUAUCCAUGCAACCUCUGGCGCCGCGUCACCUGUACCUAGUGGGUAGAUCCCACUCCUGGCAGCGUGAUACGCUGAUGAGAGGUGAAGUCCUCUAUUCAGAAGCAGCCAUCUCCAAAUCCACAGCCUCAUCGACUGUCAACGACAUACCGUAUAAGCGUUUAAGGGUCGAGCUCGAUUGCUGUAUUCAGGAAAUUGCGGACGACAAUGAAACAACCCUUUCGACGGCUAAUAUUCCCGAUAUGCUAUUGAUCAAUUGCCACGACAGAAAAAUUGUACCAGCUCCCACAGGAGCAGUCUACAUGGGCCUCAGCUAUAUCUGGGGUCCAAAGCAACGCUCCAAAGAUCCCUUUGUCACCGCGGCUGGAGAGAUGAAUCCACUCAAUUUAGCCCGGACUAUUGAGGAUGCCGUGACCGUUACCAAGGAACUUGGCCUGCAAUACCUAUGGGCAGACAGGUACUGUAUUGACCAGACGAAUCCAGCACAUAUCAGCCAGCAGUUAAGUUUGAUGCAUCGAAUUUUCAAAACCGCCCAAGCAGUUAUUGUAGCGUUGGGUGACGAUGACGAGGCUGGUCUCCCAGGAGUGGCUUCUGUCCCACGAGUUCCCAUGUACUCCGCGAGGACGCCUAAUUCAAAACUGCUUGGAUUUGGUCCGGAUUUAGGUGCUUUUUAUCAGCUUUCACAUCAUAAGACAAGGGCUUGGACUUUUCAGGAAUCGUUGUUAUCAACGAGAAUGCUCUGCUUCACCCCUACACAGGUCUUCUUGACUUGCAAGCACGGUUCGUUCAAAGAACUUUUGAACGGCUCUCUGCAUACAAUACUGCCUGUUGAAGUGGCACAAAGCCAUGGGCAGGUCCGUUCCCCCUUGCAAAGGGCAAACUUGGUCGGCUAUCAAGAUGCUAGGCCAUUCGACCUGAAUAGUUCCAUCAAUGAGUAUUGCAGCCGGCGGAUGACGAAUGAGAUAGAUAGCCUCGAUGCUAUCAAAGGCUACCUGGCAAACUCUGGCAUUAAAUGUGUGCACGGCAUCCCGUUCUACCCACCAAGAGCGCAGAAUUUCGAAGAUCAGUCCAUUGGAGACACAACCAGCGCGGGAGCGUGCACAGGACUGACUUGGUUAUGCGAAAUUCAGCCAGUACCAAGUUCAUUCCCACAGGCUCAGGUGGACGGGAGUCUCUGUUCCAAGGCACCAUCGUGGUCAUGGGCCUCAUGCAGACCUUUCGCCCACUAUCGGCCACUGCUGCCCAUUGCCGGUCACGAAUGUGACCAUUCCUACAUCAUUUUCAGCGCCGAGAAAUUGAGUUUGGAAGAUGGGACAGGAAAAUAUGAAGACUGGGCAACCUCAGUAAAGCCAGAUCUGAACUCGUACCACUUUCUGCACGUCACCACACGUUUAGCGCCGUUCAGUAUUGGUCCUCGAGCCCUUUCCAACAGACAGGAUACUGCAGUUGUGCUUGAUUGGCGAUUUUUAGAUGAUGUUCGCGUCCACCUCGAGAAAAUUGAGCUCUUCGCCGACAUCCGAGCUCCAUGUUCUUGCCAUGGAGAUCUUAACUUACCACGAGCGCCUACCACGGGCACUGGAGCCAUACAAGGAACGGCAGCACUUCUUUAUAUUGAGAAGAGCGGGAACCCUCGUGACCCAGCGGUAGGAUAUUGGCUCGCUCUGAGGCAGAGCUCCUCCAGGGAACCAAUGCGAAGGGUUGGUCUGAUCAUAACUACCUUGAAGUGUGAUCCUGUUCCUGACCCGGUGGUGAGGCAGGGCGCAGUGGCGCCAGGGACGGGACCUGACCUCGAUUGGGACAUGUUUAGAGAGGUGUUAAAAACGGACAUGAAAGCCGAUGGCCACGUAGGGACUGUGACGAUUAGAUGA